ACCCGAGCGUGUGGAGAGAUGUUUAUAUACAAUGAGUUCUGUUUAUUAUCCUCUCCAGAUUUCGGUGGUGCCAGCGACGAGGUUCCUGAACUGUCUGACAGCGAGGAUGAAGAGCAGUGGAUGGAGGAAGAGGAUGAACCCGAAUCUAAAGAGUGUGUGCUGUGCCUCUUCUGUGACAGGUCUCUCCAUUCUGUUUCUGAAACUUUCCGUCACUGUGAGGCCGAUCACGGCGUUAGCGUAGCAGAUUUGGUGAAGAAACACAGGCUUGAUGAUUAUGGUUACAUAAAGAUGAUAAACUACAUUAGAACAACGAGGUGCAGUGUGCCGUGUGUGACGUCGUGUUCAGGCAGUGUUUUGCCGUGGAGCGGAGAUGAGUACAUGAAGCCGGCGCUGCCCGAUGAUGCGCUGCUCCAGAUCGACGUAGAGGAGUUGGGUGGCGCUGCAGUGUGUGACGACGUGUCCGUGUGGGUUCAGAGAGCGCAGCAGGCAGAGGAGAAUCUCAGCCGUGCCAUGGAAGACCUGCAUCAGCUCAAAACAUUCGCACAAGGCCUGGUGCUGAACUCGGAUGUAACACAGAAGUGUGUGGGGAGUGUAUCAGAGCUGCGAGAAGACGAGGACGAGGCCUAUUUCAGCUCCUACGGGCAUUACAGCAUCCACGAAGAAAUGCUCAAGGAUAAAGUGCGCACUGAGAGCUACCGGGAUUUUAUGUACGGCAACCCAGAUUUGUUCAAGGACAAGGUGGUGCUAGAUGUAGGGUGUGGUACUGGAAUCUUGUCCAUGUUCGCUGCUCGUUCUGGGGCCAAAAAAGUCAUUGGUGUUGACCAAUCAGAAAUCAUCUACCAUGCCAUGGACAUUGUGAGAGCAAAUCAUCUCGAGGACACGAUCACGCUGAUCAAAGGCCGGAUAGAGGAAGUGGAGCUUCCAGUGGAGAAAGUGGACAUCAUUAUUUCAGAGUGGAUGGGCUAUUUUCUCCUUUUUGAGUCUAUGCUGGAUUCAGUGAUCUUCGCCAGGGGACGAUACCUCGCAGAGGGAGGUUCAGUUUAUCCUGACCGAUGUAGCAUUAGCCUAGCAGCGGUAAGCGAUGCUGAGAAACACCGCGAUCACAUUGCUUUCUGGGAUGAUGUGUACGGCUUUAAGAUGGCGUGCAUGAAGAAGGCGGUGAUUCCUGAAACAGUGGUCGAGGUUUUGAAACCUGAAACCGUCAUCUCAGAGCCCAGUGUUAUUCAGACAUUGGACUGCAAUGUUGUCACUCUUCCUGAGCUGGAGUUUACUGCUGAUUUUACCCUGAAGAUAACAGCAAACACAUACUGCACUGCUUUAGUGGGCUAUUUUGAUGUUUUUUUCGAACAGGACUGUACAAACAAGGUGAUGUUCUCCACAUCUCCUCACUGCACUAAGACUCAUUGGAAGCAGACAGUUUUCUUUCUGGAGAAACCGAUUCCUGUCCAGUCAGGUGACGAGCUGCCAGGACGAAUAAGAGUCUGUAAAAACCGGAAGGACCCAAGAGCGUUAAUCGUUACGCUAAACCUUGCUGAUUUGAAGCAGACGUACUGUGUUCAGUAAAAUUCCGUAACACUGACGGUUUUCAUCGUGGGGCCAAACAGCUUUGCAGACAACAAUUGAUGCAGAAUUCUUUUAAUCUAUAAUAAAACUCUGGCAAAGAA